AUAUUCCGGGGUCCAGUACUUCGAUCUUAUCCUCCUCUCAGGUGCUGACGUCAUCACCGGCGGAGACACGAGAGGAUCGCACGCGAAUAUUCACAUCCUCAAUCCCUCAAAGAUUCUUUUGUACGCGACGCCCCGACCUCGAUUCCCCCUCCCCUUCGCUCUCUCUCUUACACUUAAAAUCCUCUCAUAUGAUUUCUGAUCUUCUUCAUCUGAGAAAUCUCAAUCUCGGCCAUCCAUCUCGAAGUAGCACUGGGCCAUGGAAGAUCAAACGGAGAAGAACACAGGGUGGCGAUUACAGGAUUACAUCGACGCCUUAGAGGAAGAGCGGAAGAAGAUCGAAGUCUUCCAUCGCGAACUUCCUCUCACCAUGCAGAUCGUAACACAAGCUAUUGAGAACUGUAGACAACAAAUGGAAGGAGCAUCGUUCUUCCCUAGCAGGUCUGACCUUGAAGGGACUUCAAGCGACGGGCCCGUCUUAGAGGAAUUCAUUCCUGUUAGGCCGAGCUCAAGCUCAGAAGAGGAGAAGAGUAAGGAGACAACUAAAGAAGCCACAAAGAAUCCUGAUUGGUUGAGAUCUGUCCAACUAUGGAAUAAAGAAGCCAGUCUGCCAUCCGAAGAGGAUCCUCAGCCAACAUCACCACCAUCAGUGGAAAUAACAAAGAGUGGAGCAUUUCACCUUUUUCAUAGAGAAACACCAUCAGCACCAGCCCCAGCACCAGCACCAGUGGCGAGCUCAACUCCCGAAGUGCGCAACAGCAAGGGAGAUGAAAAAACUGAGCCAUCACAUAGGAAACCACGGCGAUGUUGGUCAUCAGAGCUGCACCGUCUCUUCCUAGAUGCUCUCCAACAACUUGGUGGCUCUCAUGUUGCGACGCCAAAGCAGAUUAAAGAGUUAAUGAACGUAGAUGGGCUCACAAAUGAUGAAGUCAAAAGCCAUUUGCAGAAGUAUCGGCUGCACACGAGGCGGCCCGCUCUAUCUAUCCAUAACAACAGCAGCAGCAGCAGCAGCAGUCCUCAGUUCGUGGUGGUGGGUGGCAUAUGGGUCCCACCGCCUGAGUAUGCAGCGGCCAUGAUGACAGGAUCAAAGGAGACAACCGAUGCCCCCACCAAUAAAAUCUAUGCCCCAAUAGCUACAUUACCAAAAAAUGUACACUCCCAACAUCAGCACGAUGGCCGGUCUCCAACAGGACCCUUGCAUUCCGAAGGGUGGACCAGCCCAGAACAUGACCAUCCAAAUCCAAUUUCUCCCACCACAUCUUCCUCCUGAUUCCCAUGAGUGGGAUGGCUAGGAAUUUUUGUAACGAAAUAAUGGACAGUUAAACAGAAGAGGAAUUUGACUGUACCAAUAUUACCAUUUGAGCUUUCUUUUUGUACAAGCGGGGCCCAUGUUCAACAAUCCAGAGCAUUGAUAUGAUGGACAUCCUUGUGGAUGGCCCACUCACUAAAAAUCUCUCUCAUGAAAAAGGAAGAAGCUUACGGAUCACAUUCCACUGAGAAAUGCUGAAUUUUCUAUGGGUAGGAUCUUCCAAUGUAAGGGAUUUUUGGUGUAUGGACCAUCCAUGAUGAGGCCUAUUGUAUUGAUGGUCUAGAUGAUUGGAAUAGGUGUGCUACGUGUCCAAACUGAAAACCCAAAUCUGCUGUGCAGGCUCUCAGCCCCAGCAUUGCAUAGUACCUUCCUUAGAUAAAAAUGAGGUGAAGAAACAUACGCGUUGUGGUUUUUGUUAUAUUCUGCAUGGGAAUGUAUAACUUAAUGUUUGUAUUUUUAAAAUGCAAUGUUUGAUAUUCAGGACUCUUUUUCAUGAA